CGAGCGCGGCUGGCGGCGGCGAGGGCGCGCCGGCCCCCAGCGCUCCCGGGGCGGACCCGGGGGAAUCUCCCUCGCCAUGCAGACCCGGCAGCGCCUGCUGCCUCCCCAGGAUCAAGUAGAACACCCUGAUUCAGCAGAACUGGCUGGUUGUGCUGCAGUCAUCAUGAGAAGGCACAGGGUCAUUAAUUUCUUAACAUAUGUGUAACAAAAAGACUGGUGUCACAGCAGGUUUGCUCUUACCAUUAUGGUGAUCCUGAUAGCCAGACAUAUUAAUGUGAGAGACUGAAGGUUUAGACAAGGAUCUGGUGGUUGUUCCCUGACAAAUGGAGAACUAUUUCCAAGCAGAGGCAUAUAACCUCGAUAAGGUUUUAGAUGAAUUUGAGCAAAACGAAGAUGCCGCUGUUUCACCUACUCUGCUGGGUGCAAAGUGGAAUCAGAUUCUAGAUCCGCCUUCUCGUCGCCUGUCAUUCAACUCGGCAGUGGCCAACGUGAAUGAAGCUACAACUCCUAAUGAAUGUCAGCAGAGAUUAAAGUCUUUCUCCUUGUCCCACUCAGUGACUGCACCAACAGGAGGAGGGGAUCGCUGUGCUAAUGGAAAGGAUUUUAGCAUAAGCCCAGAGACCCCAGUCAUGUGGAUUGAUGAUCAGGCAGCAGCAGAUGAUCAGUUGAUUAAAAGAAAUAGUAAUCAGGAUGAUCAGUGUAACUCCAUGGAAGCAGGAGAAAAGCAAUGUGGAAAUACAGCUUGCUUGCCAGAGGAGAAAAAUGUGCUAGUGGUGGCAGUCAUGCACGACUGUGACAGAAGAACACUACAAAGUGGUGAUGUGGUGGAUUGUACAAAUUACAACAGUCAGUCCCUAAUGGACUCUAUUAGCUUUACACUGGAUAAUGAAAACCGACAGAGUGACCAGUUCAGUGUUACUGUAAAUGGAUCCACAGAAAAGGAUAUUGAUACAGAAAAGCAGGUAAACAGGCUGUGCACUGAAGAUGACUCUGUAAGUCAUUUGAUUAAUGCUUCAUCUGAAGGCCUGACUGCUGCAUGCCCCUCCUCUCGAUUAAAGGAGGAUUUUAAUAUGAAUAAGGAUUUGCUGUUUUCAGAAGCUAUAACUGCAGGGAUCAAUGCAGUGACUCUCUUGCAGAGACCAGUUGAUGGUACUGCUAAAAUGCAAGAUAAUUGUGCAUCAGUUGAAAAUUUCACUAGUAAAGCCAUUUCUCAGAGAACAGAUCUAGAAGCUAAAAACUCUUCUGGUUCCAGUAGUGGAAGCUUAAUUGUAGAACAGGAAACAACCCAGCAGUUGCAGUCUAGGCUAUCUGGGCUCACCGAGACCUGUCAACCUAACGUGGCUGGAAGUGGCAAUUACAAGGAAUGUGUUGCAGAGGAUGUUGGUGCCACUGAUGGCGAAGUCAUUGAAUGUGAUAAAAAUCUCGGCACAACGGAAUUGCACAGCAUGGCAGAAUGUUACCCUGAAUCUCAGGAGAUGACUAAUUGGGAGCUGACAAAGUUGAAUGAGAUGAAUAAUAAGCAAACUCUAGGAGAGAAUGAAAGACUUUUGCAGACCAAACAGCCUGAUGAUGCAUGUGGGAAUAGCAAAGAAGAUGAAGAUGGGGUAUUGGAGGCAGGCAUAGACUUAAAAGGGUCUGGUACAGAUGAGCUUGGAGGGUCCAGUCUCUCUGAUGUGAUGGCUACAUCAGCAGCAAGCUCUCUGUCUAAUGGUUGUGAUUCCUAUGGAAUGCAGAACCCAAUUGUUGCUCAUGUUCCAAAGACUUUACCCUCCAAGGAAGACUCGGUAACAGAGGAAAAGGAGAUUGAGGAGAGCAAGUCAGAAUGUUACACUAAUAUUUAUGAACAGAGAGGAAAUGAGGCCACAGAAGGGAGUGGUCUUAUUUUAAACAGCACUGGUGAUCACAUAAAGAAAAAUUAUUUGCAUAAUCUUUGUAGUCAGGUUUCAUCCAUGCAAGGGCAGACUUCACCAAAACCAGUGACUAACCUGCAAUAUAACAGUGUUCCUUUUGGUGGUGCAAGACCUAAGCAACCCACAAAUCUGAAACUGCAGAUUCCGAAGCCAUUAUCGGACCACUUACAAAACGAUGUAAUUCCCCCAAAUUGUGGAGGUAAUAGUAAAAACAAAAAUGUCUUUGGUAAGACACAGUUAGGGGAUACAGCAGACACGUUUCCUGGUGAAACAUCUUCAAAUGUCUCUGGUACUGGCUCUAAUGGGGAACAUUUGGACGAGUAUGAAUCUGGAGUCUCUAAUAGUUCGUGCCUUGCAGUAGCCCCAGAUAGUCCAGAUAAUGAUCUCAGAGCUGGUCAGUUUGGAGCUCCAGCCAGAAAGCCUUUUACGACUUUGGGUGAGGUGGCUCCAGUGUGGGUUCCAGACUCUCAAGCACCAAACUGUAUGAAAUGUGAGGCCAGAUUUACAUUCACCAAAAGAAGGCACCAUUGCAGAGCCUGUGGGAAGGUGUUUUGUGCCGCGUGCUGUAGCCUGAAGUGCAAGCUGCUCUACAUGGACCGAAAGGAAGCCAGAGUGUGUGUGAUCUGCCACUCAGUGCUGAUGAAUGCUCAAGCCUGGGAGAACAUGAUGAGUGCCUCAAGCCAGAGCCCUAACCCUAACAAUCCUGCUGAAUACUGUUCUACUAUCCCUCCUUUGCAGCAGGCUCAGGCCUCUGGCGCCCUGAGCUCCCCGCCUCCCACUGUCAUGGUACCUGUGGGAGUUCUGAAGCAUCCUGGAGCAGAAGUGGCUCAGCCUAGAGAACAAAGGCGUGUUUGGUUUGCUGAUGGGAUUUUACCCAAUGGAGAAGUUGCCGAUGCAGCAAAGCUGACAGUGGCUGGGACAACUUCCACGGGAACCUUAGCAGUGUCUCAUGAUCCACCAAAGCCCAUGGCCAACAACACUUCAUCAGCAGAAACUGAUAAUGCCUCUGUAUUCUCGGGAAAUAUAACUCAGGUUGGCAGUCCUGUUGGCAGUGCAAUGAAUCUGAUUCCUGAAGAUGGUCUUCCUCCAAUUCUCAUCUCCACUGGAGUAAAAGGAGACUAUGCUGUGGAAGAGAGACCUUCUCAGAUCUCUGUCAUGCAGCAGCUGGAGGAUGGUGGCCCUGACCCUCUAGUGUUUGUUUUAAAUGCUAAUUUGCUGUCCAUGGUAAAAAUAGUAAAUUAUGUGAACAGGAAGUGCUGGUGUUUCACCACCAAAGGCAUGCACGCGGUGGGGCAGUCGGAGAUCGUCAUUCUCCUGCAGUGUUUGCCUGAUGAGAAAUGUUUGCCUAAGGAUAUCUUUAACCAUUUUGUGCAACUUUACCGGGAUGCCUUAGCAGGUAACAUUGUUGGCAACCUGGGACACUCCUUUUUCAGCCAGAGCUUCCUCGGAAGCAAAGAACACGGAGGGUUCUUGUACGUCGCAGCGACCUAUCAGUCCCUGCAGGACCUGGUGCUCCCAACCCCACCCUACCUGUUUGGCAUCCUCAUCCAGAAGUGGGAGACUCCCUGGGCCAAAGUGUUCCCCAUCCGGCUGAUGCUGAGACUUGGAGCUGAAUACAGGCUUUAUCCGUGCCCACUCUUUAGUGUCAGAUUCCGUAAGCCUUUGUUUGGAGAGACUGGACACACGAUCAUGAACCUCCUUGCAGACUUCAGAAACUACCAGUACACACUGCCUGUGGUCCAAGGUUUAGUGGUUGAUAUGGAAGUCAGAAAAACCAGCAUCAAAAUACCUAGCAACAGAUAUAAUGAGAUGAUGAAAGCCAUGAACAAGUCCAACGAGCACGUGCUGGCAGGAGGAGCGUGUUUCAACGAGAAGGCAGACUCACACCUGGUGUGCGUGCAGAACGACGACGGCAACUACCAGACACAGGCCAUCAGCAUCCACAACCAGCCCAGGAAAGUGACUGGUGCCAGCUUCUUUGUGUUCAGUGGAGCUUUAAAAUCCUCUUCAGGCUUCCUUGCCAAAUCCAGUAUAGUGGAAGAUGGAGUGAUGGUCCAGAUAACUGCUGAGAACAUGGACUCUUUGAGACAGGCCUUGAGAGAGAUGAAAGACUUCACCAUCACCUGUGGCAAAGUAGAUGCUGAAGACCCUCAGGAACAUGUUCACAUUCAGUGGGUAGAAGAUGAUAAGAACUUUAAUAAGGGCGUCGUGAGCCCUAUUGAUGGCAAAUCCAUGGAAUCUAUAACCAGUGUGAAGAUAUUCCACGGCUCCGAGUACAAGGCCAACGGGAAGGUCAUCCGAUGGACAGAGGUGUUUUUUCUAGAAAAUGAUGAGCAACACAAUGGUCUGAGUGACCCAGCUGAUCACAGCAGACUGACUGAGAAUGUGGCAAAAGCUUUCUGUCUGGCUCUGUGUCCUCAUCUGAAACUGCUGAAAGAAGAUGGAAUGACUAAGCUGGGUCUGCGUGUUACACUGGACUCAGAUCAAGUUGGUUAUCAAGCUGGGAGCAAUGGACAGCCACUGCCCUCUCAAUACAUGAAUGACCUGGACAGUGCCUUAGUGCCAGUGAUUCAUGGAGGGGCCUGUCAGUUGAGUGAGGGGCCAGUCAUAAUGGAGCUCAUCUUUUAUAUUCUGGAAAACAUCUCAUAAGAGGACUUCAUUUUCUGUUCAGACCUGUUCCAGCAGCAGUUGUAUCUGAAUCAUUUGCACUUUAAAACUGGAAAAUUAAGCUUUUGUUAACACUAUUGGGGAAGGGGGGGAGGGGGGCGGGACAGUUGUUCCAUAAUUCUAAAUCUUCUAUGCAUUGUCAACAACCAGAGGAUCAGGGCAGCUUCUAUACUACAACAUGGCUAUGCUAUCCUUGCAGCUAAUCCACUUCUGUUACUGUUUAGAAAAAUGCUCAUGUUUAAAGACUUACAGUCAUGUACUCUAAAUGCUCAAAGGGUGCAAAGAUCACUGGGGCGUAAAUAAAAAGUGAAAUUCCAA